GUUUCAGUUCCAAUAAGUUAAAUAUUUGUAAUUUAACUGCAGCUUGUAAUGUAUUUAGUCGCUUAGGACGCGUGGUUGAACACGUUUGUUAAUGUAAGAAAUGUUGCUAAUCUGUAGCGAGUAACGUCGCGUCAUGUUACAUUGUAGCAUGAACCUUUACUACAGUAUUUAUGUUUUAUGUACAGCUAGACUACGGUGCACUCGACUCGAUCUGUCUAAAGGAAAAGGUGAUCAGUUAAAUGAGGUGUUGGUGAGGGAAACACCAGACAAACAGGAAACUUCACUUUGAUGAGAAAUAAUGUCUUCAAUAAAGGGGAUGAUUCCCAACAUUGAAAAUGCUACAGCAUCCAAGAAGCAUAAACACAAGAAAAAGAAGGCAAAGAAGGAAAAAAAGGUUAAGAAAAAAAAUAAGCAUGUGGCAAACUUCCUGUCACCCUACAGCUUGCGUGAGAUGCUUUCUACCCAAACCAAAAAGACUAAGAAAUCAAAAAAAGACCUCCAGUACCCUAAAGUCCGAAAACAACCCAAACAUCUCCACCAAACUCAACCCAUCAUUUACUUCUCUCCAGUCAAGAAGAAGCCACAAACAAUCAAAAACAAAAGUCACAAGAAACACACGGGGAAAGAAAAAAAGCGAGUCAUCUUCAACCUGCCUCCCGAGCAAGACCAAACAAGUGGCGAUGAAUACUCAAAGAAGCAGUUUAUCGUCGAAAGCAGCUUGGAAUCCAAUAUAGCUGAAGAAAUGAGCAGCCAAGACCUGUUUAUCACGCAGAAAUCAUUCCUGGAUCCACCGGUGGAGAUUUCCAGCAGCUCAAGCGGCAACGAAACCAUUAGCACGAGGCCACCAGAGAUCCGUUCAUGUGCAUUAACGACUGAAGCGACCACUCAAACAGAAAACUUCUUCACCUUCCCAGUACUCUCCACCUCUUUUAGGUUUCAGCAGCAGCAGAACAGGUCCAGAUGUGAAGAACAACCACUGGACUUAAGCUUGCCGAACAGAAGACGACAAACACCACCUAUGGUCAAUUCAGCCAAUCGUAUCAAAAUCUCAGACACAUCGAGCGAAGAAGGAGAAAUAGCAUUCAAAACCAAAGGUGAUCUCCCCCAUCUGAAAGUCAUCCAGACUCGCCUGAAUGAGUCCUUCUACUUUAGGGUAAAGGGUGAAGACUCACCGAAGCCAUUGUGUCCUUUGAUGAAGCUCACAGAGAGUGCUGAGAAAAGAGCUAAGAAGUAA